ACUGCCCGUGGAAACCUGGCUGGGCUUCUGGCUUCGGAGCUGGGAAUUGUGGGAGGAGGGCCCAGAUCCCACUGGAGAUACCGAAGGAGAUACUCUUUAGUAUUGGGAUCCCAGAAACCAGUCCUGCAUCUGGCCAGAGGGACACUGGGUUGUGGCAUCUCUCCAGCUGCUACCCAGAAGGAACAGGGCCCCCUGGGGCCUAUAGGCCUUGCCCCUGACCCUGGGAACACCCAGCUCAGGCCUGCCCCAGUGGCCACAAGUCAGGGAGGCCGCAAAUUUUUAACUAGACACAUUGAUCAUUAAUAGGGGGUUAGAAAGAGUUCAAACUAAGUCUCACUCUGGGACAUAGACCAAUUGUGCCUCAGGCCUCCUGCAGAGAUGCUGGGUCCCCAAGUCUGGUCCUCUGUGAGGCAGGGGCUAAGCAGGAGCUUGUCCAGGAAUGUGGGGGUCUGGGCCUCAGGGGAGGGGAAGAAGGUGGACAUUGCGGGUAUCUACCCCCCUGUGACCACCCCGUUCACUGCCACUGCAGAGGUGGACUAUGGGAAACUGGAGGAGAAUCUGCACAAACUGGGCACCUUCCCCUUCCGAGGCUUCGUGGUCCAGGGCUCCAAUGGCGAGUUUCCUUUCCUGACCAGCAGCGAGCGCCUCGAGGUGGUGAGCCGUGUGCGCCAGGCCAUGCCCAAGAACAGGCUCCUGCUAGCUGGCUCCGGAUGCGAGUCCACUCAAGCCACAGUGGAGAUGACUGUCAGCAUGGCCCAGGUCGGGGCUGACGCGGCCAUGGUGGUGACCCCUUGCUACUAUCGUGGCCGCAUGAGCAGCGCGGCCCUCAUUCACCACUACACCAAGGUUGCUGAUCUCUCUCCAAUCCCUGUGGUGCUGUACAGUGUCCCAGCCAACACAGGGCUGGACCUGCCUGUGGAUGCAGUGGUCACGCUUUCCCAGCACCCGAAUAUUGUGGGCAUGAAGGACAGCGGUGGUGAUGUGACCAGGAUUGGGCUGAUUGUUCACAAGACCAGGAAGCAAGAUUUUCAGGUGUUGGCUGGAUCGGCUGGCUUUCUGAUGGCCAGCUAUGCCUUGGGAGCUGUGGGGGGCGUGUGCGCCCUGGCCAAUGUCCUGGGGGCUCAGGUGUGCCAGCUGGAGCGACUGUGCUGCACGGGGCAAUGGGAAGAUGCCCAGAAACUGCAGCACCGCCUCAUUGAGCCAAACGCUGCGAAAAUCCUUUGAGAGAACAUCCCAGUGUGGGAACUCCUUGUGACUCCCAGAAAAUCCUGACUUCGGACAAAGUCGAGCACUACUGAUUGUCAAACUUAAGUGUGCAUUAAAAUUUCCUUAGGGGUGAAUUAAAGUUCCAACUUUUGGGCCCAAGAAGAUGCAUUGAAACAAACAUCCUCUGUGAUUGUGACAGAGUAACCCUAGGACCACACUUAGAGAUGCCUGGAGAGAAAGAGUGUAAACCAGGGGCCUCUAGAUCCACGCUAUCGGGGGCCAGGUCCUGAAAAAAUAGGAAUGAUUGGGGCUGGCAAAGGAGUUAGAAGGCAGGAGAGUGUUGUCUUCAAAUAAUCGGUUCUGUGGUCAGACUGUAUACCCCAAUUCUUUGUUGGGCAAGCAAAGGAGAACUUCAGAGAGAACACCCAUCAAGUUCAGGGUCAUUCUGAAGUCUGAGGCAACAGAAAAAUAUGUGCCCCUGUAUUCAAGUUUUAAUGUACAUUUUAUCCUUUCUUUCCUUCGUUCCUUCGUUCCUUCCUCCCUCCCUCCCUCCCUCCUUUCUGUCUUUCUUUCUUUCCUUCUUUCUUUUUUUAGACAGAGUCUUGCUCUUUUGCCCAGGCUGGAGUGCAGCAAUCUCAGCUCAGUGCAACCUCUGCCUCCCAGGUUCAAGCAAUUCUUGUGCCUCACACUCCUGAAUAACAGAGAUUACACGUGUGCACCACCAUGCCCAGCUAAUUUUUGUUUUUGUUUUCAUUUUUCAGUAGAGAUGGGGUUUCACCAUAUUGGCCAUGCUGGUCUCAAAUUCCUGGCCUCAAGUGAUCCGCCCACCUCAGCCUCCCAAAGUGCUGGGAUUACAGGCGUAAGCCACAGUGCCCGGCCUAUUCUUUUUUCUUUUCUUUUCUUUUUUGAGACAUAGUCUCGCUCUGUUUCCCAGGCUGGAGUGCAGUGGCACAAUCUUGGCCCACUGCAACCUCCACCUCCCUGGUGCGAGCAAUUCUCCUGUCUCAGCUCCCCUAGUAGCUGGGAUUACAGGCACGUGCCACCAUACCCGGAUAAUUUUUUUGUAUUUUUAGUAGAGACGGGGUUUCACCAUGUUGGCCAGGCUGGCCUCAAACUCCUAACCUCAAGUGAUCCUCCUGCCUCGGCCUCCCUAUCUUUUUUCUUUUAUUUUUUUAUUUUCGAAACAGGGUCAUUCUCUGUCACCCAGGCUAGAGUACAGUGGUGUGAUGACAGCUCACUGCAACCUCAAUGUCCUGGGCUUAAGCAAUCUUUUUUAUUUUUUAUUUUUAUUUUUGUAGAGAUGGGGGUCUCACUAUGUUGCCUAGGCUGGUCUUUAUCUCCUGGGCUCAAGCAGUCCUCCCACCUCAGCCUCCCAAAAUGCUGAGAUUACAGGCAUGAGCCACCAUGACUGGCCUACUGUAUAUUUUAUAUUUAACUUUUUAUUUUAUUUUAUUUUAUUUAUUUAUUUUGAGAUGGAGUUUCA